AUGGGUAGCAAGCAGGAGGAUUCGGUUUGGUUCCAAAAUCGCCGAGCAAAAUUUCGAAAGCAGGAGAGGCUGGCCCAGCAAAAGGCAACUACAAAUACCGCAGACACGACCACGUCUCCCAGCAUAAAAUCCGAGAACAAUUCCAGUUCGAAGACGAACCUCAACGGAAGCAAGGAUAUAAAGCCUGGAUCUCCACACUCGGGCAUCUCCACUACUCCUAAUUCUACGGCAAGCGCUAACUCCCAACAGUCUUCCAAUGGGGAUAUAAAACCAGUGAAUGGAAAUAGUAAACUACCCCAAGACGACCACAUCCCUUCGAACAACAACAAAUGGCCAUCGAUGAGUCCGCAGUCAUGCAACACAGCAUUCUUGGUUCAACAGGCGAACAAAGUUUUGUCCACGCAGCCCUCCCAUCUUCAGUCCCACGGGUCACACCAUGCAGCAGCGGCGGCCGCCGCGGCGCUUUCAUCCCCUUUCUCGUCCCUGCUGGGCGCCAGCACGGGUGCAGCUUCUUAUCUUUUAGGAGAUCAUCUCAAGCCCACUGCCAAUCAUUUGUUCUAAAAACGUUUUUAGUGACAUUUCGGGAAACGACGCUAGUCAUGUAUGUAGAUAGUGAUCGCAAAAUGUGUGCGGAUGAUAGGGAAAGGUGAAAGAGAAUUUUUAUGUACUUGUUAGAUAAACAUUUAUAGGUAGAGUUGUAAAAUACGAUAUUUGUAUCUAUAUUUUUUUUUGCAAUUGACCACUAUUAACAUCAAAACCGCCGAAGAGGAUUAUGAAAU